AUGGACAUGGAUGCAGAACUCGCGAAGCUCUUGCAUGAGCAAGAACAGUUCAUGCAAAGCGGCAAAGCUUCCUCGGCCAAACUACAUACGGCAAAGCCAAAGGUGUCGCCAUCUCCGUCGCAAGCGGCGCCGCUUCCACCGACUAUUAUGCGCGCACAGGUGAUGGAACGCUCGACGCCGGUCAAAACGAUGCCCAUGUCGACCCUUCCACCCACGGACGGAGGGUUUCCUUCUGCGAAGAAGACGAGUCUCUUUGGACGUCGUCGCAAUCAACAAGCUGCUCGCUCGGAGUCAUCUUCUCCUGUCCCGUCCACCGCCCGUCGUGAACCAUCGUCGAAGUCGUCGUCGUCUCCCAUUCCCAACGAUAUCCAGGACGACAACAAUGCAGCGAUCGCGAACAUGUCCGUGGAGGAAAUUCGACAAGCGCAAGCUGAAUUGCAUGCUUCGCUUCCUCCCGAGAUUCUCGACAUGUUUAAGAAACGCCGCAACUUUCCCGCCGCGGCCCCACCAGCCGUCGCAUGUUCAUCCUCUCGUCCCGACCUUCCGCCACCUUCGUUCCAAACAUUACCUAUCCAAAACAUUCCCAUGCUAGCGCCGCAGACGGACGAAUCGUUGCGCCGCGCCGUGAGCGAACUCCCCAAGGAAGAGCGCUUGAAGCAUGAAUGGAUGCAAUCCCUUCCUCCAUCCCACCAACAAAACCAAGACCCAGUGUCCGAGAAACUUGCACAGCAACAUGAGCAACGUCGAGUGGAUCUUCAAGGGCAUGCGAUUAAAGCUACGGCAGACACGGUGCCGCUCCAUUCGGGUCUGUUUCACCACGGGUUGGAGCCAGAGUUGGCGGGCUACACGAUGGAAGAGUUGCUCAUGUUGGCCCGGAGCACCGUGAGUUCGCAGCGCACGAUGGCGUUGAGUGUAUUAGCCAAGUCCAUUCGAGCUGGGACGAGCGAGCCCACGACGGCCACGGCGCUAGUUGCGCGGUCGGCGUGCGAAGAAUCGAAUGCGUCCGUGCUGGCUGGAGGAAUCGAUGCAUUGCAUGCGUGCUUGGUUGGGUUUGACUUGAUGACUGACGUCGACUUGGUGGAGUGGACUCCGCGCGAUGCUCAAGGCCGAGUGCACAUGGUGACGUACAUUGACGAAGAUGAGGUGUCGGACGUCAAGGAGAUUGCAGACCCGAUUCAAGCGCUGCUGUUUACUCAAUUUCAAUCCCGAUUGCUGCAACUGAUUGACCCUCAGCAAGCGCCUCUGGUUCCUAAACACGCCCGACUCCAAUUGCUUGAAAUCGGAGUCGUCAUCGCCAUGCAUUCGCCACGGGCGGCCGCGCAGCUGCUUGAAGGCACGGCGGUGUUUUCAUUGCUCAAUGCGUUGUUAUCGGUGGCAUCGGUGGACUCGUUGGUUCAAAACUUGGAGGCAACAGCCACGACCUUGCUGUGGAUCUUGCGGUUAUGCCAAGCUGAUAAAGCCCACGCCCAGCAACUGAUGGACCACCACGUCCUCGCCUCAACCAAAGUAUUUUUGGCGAUGCGGCAUCCAUCGGCACUCCUUCCUUUGCAAACGCUGACGAUGCGCAUUUGGCGGGUGUGUCUGUCAUACAAGCUGGACCAGCCCAGUAUCGCAUAUUUGUUCCCCCUGCUUUGUGGUUACGCCGCCCAAGCCUUAACCCAGUCGGUGGACUCUGUACCUCUGGAGCCGUGGCCUGCCGUCAUGCAGGAUGCCAUCUGGGACGCGCUGGUGUUUCUAGUCGACCAAUCCGCCGCCGUAGCCUUUCUUCCUUUCUUCAUUCACCAGGCCAGCCAAGCGGCGGGACCCCGCGCCUCUGCCCUGCGAUUUCUCGCUGCCACGUACCCGCUUGUGUUUACAUUUCCGUCGCUGGAUGUGACACCGUUUGUGGCCGUGUGGCCGACGUUGAAACUGUCGAUGAGCGACCCGCCGUCCCUUAUUGAAGCGAUCGUGGCGUUCCAGCGAGUUGUGGCCGCCCAUCCGCACCCGAAACUGCAAGUCGACAUUUCGGACACGGUGGUGUUUACGCAAUCAUACGUUUCGACUGGUGGUACACUCUUCAUGCCUCGAGCCGACGUGGCCACAGUUCUAGCAGCUCUUGUCGACUUUGUGGCUUUGUCAACUUCAGCAAAUGACGUGGCAGAUUGGGCGAGAGCCACGGCGUACCAGUUGCUCCAGCAUACCCAACCAGGCCAGCAUACGUCUGUGCGCCAGUUGCUUCGGAGUGUUCUCGUCCAUCCAUCGCUGGUGGCCAUCUACGAAGCGCUGCUAAACCCCCAUGCUUCGAAUACCAAAACUUGGACGUGUCAUACACUGGUGCAAAGUUCGUCGACGCCUGCUGCGCCAUCGUUGCCGCCGCCAUCGGAUUGGGUGUUUAUGUUGGCAUCACGCUUGCAUUCGAUAGACUCGAAGGAAGAAUCGACAGUGUUGCGUCUCUUGGUGGAGUUUCUUACGACGGUAGAAACAAGGCACCCGACGUUGCUUGCCGAGAUAUCGCCCACUGAUAAAAUUCUGCAUUUGGCCCAUGUGUAUCUAUGGGAAGCGGAUGCAUGGCGCGAUUGCAGCGCGGGGCUGCACGCCCUCCUGGAGCGAUACAUUCGCGAGCAACAACAAGGGAAUUCAUUGAUGGAUGCGACUGAGCGCAUUGUUGCUGUGCAACACCAGUCAGUGGCAAACUUGCUGUCGUCGCUAGUACAAGUGUUUUGCAACGAGUCAUAUGGGGAUAAGGGCUUGGCUUGGAUUCUGACACUUUAUUUUCACCCGAGUCAAGUGUCCGUGGCCACGCAUUCCGCCGUGUGGAACGAAAUUGCCCAAUUUCAGUGCCUGCAUUUGCUUCAAAUGGUCACCGACGACUUGGAAGGGUAUGUAGUGGACGAUGUCCUGUUGGACGCAUAUCUCCAAAGCGUGUUGCGCCAACACCUGACGGCGGACAAAGGAGCGGCCAUGUACCGGUGGGUAGUGCAUCACAUCGGGCACUUCUGCUUUUCGGGACCCGUCGGGUCCUCCCGCAAGCACUCGAUGCUCCGUCGACUGUUGGAGGCCCCGUCAACCCAGCUUGUUCGCGAUGUGGUGUUGAAUCCAGCCAAUGAAACCACGACGGCGAUGCUCGCGCAUGUCCAGGACCUGCCGCCAUUUGCCGCGUAUCGUGAUACGAUCCAACUACUGAUGAGUGCGUGCACAUGAACAACAUGAUGGAGGCUCAAGGGGUGCGGAGUUCCGUAGACAGAAAUUCCAUACAAAUAAUCAAUGAUAUGUACAGUAG